AUUGGCCUUAAAGAGGUUUGUGAGAACAUCAGUUGAAGUUGUGUAUAUCAUGAACAUCACAGAUUCUUAUGAUCUAGAGGAGAUUGUGGGGAGAUAUAGCACCUGUAUUCAAGAGGAAAAACAAGUAGCAUAAUUUACUAACAAUGUGGCAGUGAACUUCAUCUCUGUCUCCAAGUUAACUCAUUAUAAACAGCUAGCAGGGUGGAAGAAUGAAAGAAAAGAAAGGUGAAAGAAUGUUGAACAACUUUGCGUGGCUGUAUGAUGGAAGGAAACGGAACUGAGAACUGCAGUAGAACACACAGAUGGCUUCAACAAGAUAAUGGUGCUAAGCCAUGGCUUUGGAAAUUCUCUAAUUGCUUUUCUCGUCCUGAGCAGACGUUGUCACUUAGUCCCCAAACGAAAGAUUACAUGGAGAACAAGAAAGUUGCUGUGGAAUUAAAGGAUGUACCAUCUCCCCUUCAUGCUGGCUCUAAACUUUUUCCAGCAGUUUCACUUCCAGAUACUCAUUCUCUUCAGCAAACUAAAAUACAGCUUCCAACUGUCCCCAAAGUAAGCUGCUGUGCUCAUUGCACUAAUGAACCCUCCACUUCACCAAUGCAUUUUGGCGGUGGUGGUGGCGGUGGCGGUAGUGGAGGUACUGGUAGCUUGAUUCACACGGGCACACUGUUAGACUCGCAAAGCACCAGGACAAUCACGUGUCAGGUAGGGUCAGGAUUUGCUUUCCAGUCUGCAUCUUCACUCCAGAAUGCCUUAGCUAGGAACAAUAUGGCCGGCAUUGCAAGUGACUUUCCCAGCACGUGUCCAGAAAGUAAUCUGUCUUCCUGCCAGCACCUGCCCUGUUGUGGAAAGCUCCAUUUCCAGUCAUGCCAUGGUAACGUGCACAAGCUGCAUCAGUUCCCGGCUCUCCAGGGUUGCACCUCUGCUGGCUAUUUCCCCUGUUCUGAUUUCACAAGUGGGGCUCCAGGGCAUUUGGAAGAGCACAUUUCACAGUCGGAGCUAACACCUCACUUGUGCACCAGCUCUUUGCACCUAAAUGUGGUCCCUCCGGUGUGUUUAAAGGGCUCCCUUUACUGCGAAGACUGUCUAAAUAAGCCGGCAAGAAAUAGUAUAAUUGCUGCUGCUAAAGUCUGGCCAAAUAUUCCACCACCAAAUACGCAGGCUGCACCCGUUACUGUUCCUCUGUGUAAUGGCUGUGGAACCAAAGGGAAGGAGACCACAUUGUUAUUGGCGACCGGUCUAGACAAAGCUGCUUCGAAAUUUGGUUCACCAGAAGUUGCACUAGCCGGACAGGUAUUGGAAAACUUACCCCCCAUUGGAGUUUUUUGGGAUAUUGAAAACUGUUCAGUUCCCUCUGGCCGCUCAGCCUCUGCUGUUGUACAUAGAAUCCGUGAGAAGUUUUUUAAAGGGCACAGAGAGGCAGAAUUCAUCUGUGUGUGUGACAUUAGUAAAGAAAACAAAGAAGUUAUUCAAGAGUUGAAUAAUUGCCAGGUAACCGUUGCCCACAUCAAUGCUACUGCAAAGAAUGCUGCUGAUGAUAAACUCCGCCAGAGUCUUCGAAGGUUUGCAAAUACACACACUGCUCCAGCCACUGUGGUUCUUGUGUCAACUGAUGUAAAUUUUGCCUUGGAACUUAGUGACCUGAGACAUAGACAUGGUUUCCACAUAAUUUUGAUCCAUAAAAACCAGGCCUCGGAAGCACUACUGCAUCAUGCUAACGAACUGAUCAGAUUUGAAGAAUUCAUUUCCGACUUGCCCCCCAGGUCGCCACUAAAAACGCCACAGUGCCACACUCUGCUCUAUGUUUAUAACCUACCAGCAAAUAAAGAUGGCAAGAGCAUCAGCAACAGGCUCAGACGCCUGUCCGAUAAUUGUGGUGGGAAAGUGCUGAGCAUCACGGGCUGCAGUGCAAUUCUCCGCUUCAUAAACCAAGAUAGUGCCGAACGGGCUCAGAAGCGAAUGGAAAACGAAGAUGUCUUUGGGAAUAGGAUCAUUGUGUCAUUUACUCCGAAAAAUAAAGAACUCUGUGAAGCAAAUGGUUCAAAUGCAAUUCCUGAUAAAGUGAAGUCUCCCAAAAAACUUAAGAUUCCAAAAUUGUGCCUCAUCAAAGAUGCAAGUGAGCAAUCUUCCAGUGCCAAAGCCAUGCCUGGAAAAGGGUCGCAGGCAAAUUCUGGAUCUGCUGCAAAAACCACAAAUGUGAAAAGUUUACAGGAGCUGUGCCGCCUGGAGUCAAAGACGGGUACUAGAAACAGUGAAUCCCAGCAGGGUAACCUGAGGCUGAUGGCACCUCCUCACAGAAACUCAAGUGUCAUAGUGCCCACACUGAAAAACUCUGGGGUGGCAGAAUCCAUUUACAAAACCAAUCUGAAAAAAGACAACCUCAGUGCCCGAAGUGUUACCAGUUCUCCUAUAGAGAAAAGAAACAAAGAGGAGACUUUGUUCCAAGUGAGUUACCCAUCUGCUUUUAGCAAGUUGAUUGCAUCCAGGCAAGUUGGUUCUCUGCUCACAUCUCCAUCUUGGUCUUCUCGUGUUGCAAAUUCGAGCAUUGGUGCCGACUGCCCAGACCCAUUUGCAAAUGGUGCCGACAUUCAGAUCAGCAACAUAGACUACAGAGUAUCCCGGAAGGAGCUGCAGCAGCUCAUGCAGGAAGCAUUUUCUAGGCAUGGCAAGGUGAAGAGUGUUGAGCUCAGCCCCCACACGGACUAUCAGCUCAAGGCUGUUGUUCAAAUGGAAAACUUACAAGAAGCAAUCACUGCGGUGAAUAGCCUCCACAGAUACAAAAUUGGCAGCAAGAAGAUCCUGGUCUCACUUGCCACAGGAGCUGCUAAUAAAUCACUCUCUUUACUGAGUGCAGAAACCAUGUCUGUUCUUCAGGAUGCUCCCGCCUGUUGUCUGCCUCUUUUAAAAUUUACAGAUAUCUAUGAAAAAAAGUUUGGACACAAGUUGAAUGUGUCAGAUUUAUAUAAAUUAACAGACACAGUCGCAAUCCGUGAACACGGAAAUGGAAGACUGGUGUGUCUCUUACCCAGCAGUCAAGCUCGACAGAGCCCCUUGGGGUCUUCCCAGUCCCAUGACGGCUCCUCAACGAAUGGCAGUCCAAUUAUAUUUGAGGAGUUAGAAUAUCAUGAGCCUGUCUGCAGACAGCAUUGUUCCAAUACGGAUUUCAGUGAACAUGAAUUUGAUCCAGACUGUUACAAGAUUCCUUUUGUGAUUCUCUCUUUGAAGACAUUUGGGCCCCAAGUUCAUAGUCUUCUACAGACACAUGAGGGCACUGUGCCUUUAUUAAGUUUCCCAGAUUGUUAUGCCGCCGAAUUUGGUAAACUAGAAGUAUUGCCAGAAAACCGAGGUGGUGUUCCCUUAGAACACCUUAUCACCUGUGUUCCAGGUGUAAACAUUGCCACUGCACAGAACGGCGUCAAAGUAGUAAAAUGGAUUCACAACAAGCCGCCUCCUCCAAACACAGACCCUUGGCUUCUGCGUUCUAAAAGUCCUGUAGGUAACCCCCAGCUGAUACAGUUCAGUAGAGAAGUGAUUGACUUACUGAAGAACCAACCAUCCUGUGUCAUGCGAAUUAGUAAUUUCAUCCCAUCCUAUCACCAUCAUUUUGCAAAGCAAUGCCGGGUAUCAGACUAUGGAUACUCCAAGCUGAUUGAAUUAUUAGAAGCAGUACCUCAUGUGUUGCAGAUUCUCGGAAUGGGCUCCAAACGUUUGUUGACCCUUACGCACAGGGCCCAAGUGAAGCGCUUUACUCAGGAUUUACUGAAACUUCUCAAAUCCCAGGCCAGCAAACAGGUCAUUGUGAGAGAAUUCUCUCAGGCGUAUCAUUGGUGUUUCUCAAAGGACUGGGAAGUCACUGAAUAUGGCGUUUGUGAGUUGAUCGACAUUGUAUCAGAGAUUCCAGACACAACCAUCUGCUUGUCCCAACAAGAUAACGAAAUGGUGAUUUGUAUCCCCAAAAGAGAACGUACCCAGGAUGAAAUAGAAAGGACAAAACAGUUCUCCCAGGAUGUUGUUGACCUGCUCAGGCACCAGCCCCAUUUCCGGAUGCCCUUUAAUAAAUUCAUCCCCUCUUACCAUCACCACUUUGGCCGGCAGUGCAAACUCUCAUACUAUGGGUUUACCAAACUACUUGAACUUUUUGAAGCCAUACCCAAUAUUCUUCAAGUACUAGAAUGUGGAGAAGAAAAAAUCCUCACUUUGACAGAAGUGGAACGAUUCAAAGCUCUAGCUGCCCAGUUUGUUAAACUCCUUCGGACCCAAAAAGAUAACUGCCUUAUGAUGUCAGAUCUGUUCACAGAAUACGCUAAAACUUUUGGUUACACAUUUCGUCUCCAGGACUAUGAUGUCAGUUCAAUUACAGCUUUAACACAGAAACUCUGCCAUGUUGUAAAGGUUGCUGAUACAGAAGCUGGCAAACAGAUACAGCUGGUCAACCGCAAGUCCCUGCGCUCUCUCACUGCCCAGUUGCUGGUAUUGUUGAUGUCUUGGGAAGGAGCCACCUAUCUUUCUGUUGAUGAGCUCAAGAGGCAUUUUGAAGCUACCCACAGUGCUCCUCUCAACCCUCUUGAAUAUGGAUUCAUGACCUUGACUGAACUUCUGAAGAGUCUGCCUUACUUAGUUGAGGUUUUUACUAAUGAUAAGACAGAGGAGUGUGUGAAGCUCACAAGUCUGUAUUUGUUUGCCAAGAAUGUGCGGUCUUUACUUCGUACUUACCACUACCAGCAGCUUUUCCUUCAUGAGUUUUCCGUGGCCUAUACCAAGUAUGUCGGAGAAACAGUGCAGCCCAAGGCUUACGGCUUCAGCAGUGUAGAGGAGCUCUUGGGAGCAAUCCCACAGGUGGUCUGGAUAAAAGGACAUGGUCAUAAGAGAAUUGUAGUGUUAAAAAAUGACAUGAAAAGUCAUUUGAGUUCAAACUGGCCCUUGGCUACUGAGCGGAUCCUCGAUGUGCCCAAAUCUUGCACAGCCUCGGAACUCAAACUUGGAGCAGAGGAUGAAGGGCCCUGUCAAACGGACCAGGAGCUUCUCCGCCUGACCAGCAACUCCCCCGUGGACCUCCUGUGUGCGCCCGUCCCUUCCUGCCUGCCAUCCCCUCAGCUGCGGCCAGACCCUGUCAUCCUUCAGUCUGCUGAUCUCAUUCAAUUUGAGGAACACCCUCAAGAACCUUCUGAAAUUACGAUUUUAAACCAAGAAGAGAACAUUGAAAUUCCAGUACCAGUAAAUAACAAAAAGCUGACCUCUGACUCCAGCGCCCCUUGCCUCUCAGCCGCUGUCCCGGCGCCUCCCUGCCCCCCCUCGGAAACCCCAGAGUCGCAGCCCAGCAAGGGCCCUGUGGAAAGCCCAGCCAAAAAGCAACCCAAAAAUAGAGUAAAAUUGGCACCCAACUUUUCCUUUGCACCUGUAACCAAGCUCUGACUCAUUGUGAUCAUAGGACUGGGAUGGGAAAACACUGUCUGAUUCUGCACACAAACGUGGGUUCAGAAAACUCAGCCUUUGCUGUUUUAACGAAACCCCCUGGAAGCCACCACCCCCGUCUUUAGAUGUAUUCCAUAAUAUUUUGUUUCUUUUACACUGAGCUCAGCUUGGACUGAAGUUUUCCUUUUCCCCCUCCACCCCCCAAUUAUUUGAGAAACAAACAAAAACCUUCUGGAAUUUGUUAAAGAAAUCUUAAUAUAUUUUAUCAAUUUUUUUCUUAAUUAUUAUGAAAUGUGAUGGUGUUCCAUAAGAAGAAAGCAGUAAGAGCUCGGCUAGAAGGAAGUAGUUUUACUUCCAUUAAGCCCCUUCAGUGGUAUAACCCUCCAUGUAGCAUUAUAUAGUCUCUAACUAAGCCUUUGCUUACUGACCUUUUCAGACCGUAUUACUCAUAUGCAUGAUGUGUCUUGAAGCAAAGCCUGUUCAGUGGCCCUGCGUGUUCACACACUGAAGAAGGGUGGGCUGGGAGGUAAGAAUGUAUUUUCAGGUUGGAUGUGAAGGUUCCUGGCUUCCAUGUGACUUGUAAGAGUGCCUUGUUUUUUAUUUAACUAUGUCUGUAGUUGACAAAUGUGGCUUCAUCACAAAAUUUUUUUAAAUGUUUCCACCUUGGGGCUCCAUUUAGGAGCUUCUAGAAAGUUGAGGGUGAUUUAGGCUUCCCUUUUAUGUUAAGUUCCAGUUCGACAUGCACUAGGCAAAGAAAACGGAGAUGGUCUUGGUGGCGUGAAUUUAAAGUCAGCAUUUGAAGUCCACACAUUAUUGUGUGUCAAGAGGCAGUGUUGGGAAGAGUGUCUGAUUUUCUCAAAUAUGCAGCGCAUAAGUUACAGAUCAGAGCUGAGGGGUGAGGUGCUUUAUCUGGGGCGGCGUGGAUACUCUUUCCAGUAGGAACACACGGAGAUUCUGUCUAAACGCAUGAAGGCCAAGGCUGAUCAACUGAACUUGGUUUUUUGUCAUUUUAAAUCUGGUUGUGGUAGUCGGGAAGCUUUAUGUGUCUGUAUUUAUGUGUCUUAAUAGUGUCUACUUUAACUCAGUUACUUCUCACUUUUGGAAGCAUGUUCAGGUUCUUUUGUGGUAUCUGAUGUUGGUAUUUGGGAAAAGCCAGCCUUUGAGGGAGCACUGCCCUGUUGAAUGAACUUUGCUCUGAGGUGGCCGGGCAUCCGGUGACAGGUGGCCUCACACCCCUCCUGGAGAAACCUGACAUUUACAAUGGGUUGUAUUUGUUGGGCAAAAGGCAGAUUCAUUCACAGAGCAGAAAGAACCUGUUGACCAAAGGUCUUCCACUAGUUAGAUGGUUUCUUUGGGGAAAUGUUUAUAUUUUGUAAUUUCUGGAAAGCCAGAAAAUGGGCUCUGAUUUUAUAGCCAGCAUUUUGAUAAAAUGCCACAAAAUAAGGGCUAUAGAGAGAUUUUUACAAGAUAGAUGUUUGUUCCCCAAAUCUUUUCUAUGAAGCCAGUGAUUCCCAGUUCUCAAGAAGGAGCCCCAGUCAAACGGAACCACACUGGAAAAGCCUUCUGAGCUGAUGGCAUCUGCGGUCCUCUGCAGGCCUUUCCUCCACCCAAGCAGUGGGACGGGAAGCACAGUGCAAACGUGCAGUGUUUUAAAAGAAGCUUUUAAACAAUGGGAUAGUUAGUGUUGAGAACAUCAGUUGCCUUAUUCUGAGAUUUCAUAAGGCUGAGUUUGCACACUUGGACUUUAGUUUUGCUCUCAUGUAAAGAACUGUGGACUUUAAAAACAUAAGAGGUACUAUUACAAGUCACAAGGCAUAGUCACAAAAAGCAUCUUCUUUGGGCAACAAAGAAGAGACUGAUGUGUGCUGUCAUGUAAGUGUGGUCGCACCAUUCGCUGGAGUUGCCAGUCAGCCCGGGAUGCGUGUGUGACUAACAGUCGCUGUUUGAAGAUGGGAAAAUACAGCAGAAGUUCAUUGUGUUCAUAAUGUACUCCACGAUGGCCAGUCCAAUUGCUGUCUAUUUUUUUAUCCAGAGGCUUACUUAAUGAAAUGAUGUGACAAAAUGAUGUAUGAGAAUUAAGACAGUGAAAUUCUUUAUUUCUGGGUGGAAAAAAUGUACUGGAUUAGAUUUAUCUUUUAAAAAAGACAAAAGUUAUCACCAAAACCCCCUUCCCCAUCUUGCACUGCUUGUUUUGGAUUGGGCUUGGGGGAGAGAUGUUUUUCUUAACUGUCUACUUUGUUUGAACACUUUCUGUGGUUCAAGUGCUGUUUUGUGUGUUGGGACCAAACAGUUGUCAAUAAACUUUACAAGCAAGCAUCUACUUUGAGUUUUCCACGUGAGUGUUUGUUUGAGGGGAGGGAUCAUAAACCUGUCCAGUUUUGUCAUCUUUUCAUUUUGGGUUCCCCCUGCU